GACAUGUGAAAUUGUGGGAGCAGUGACUUUGUGUCUGCACCACUCCAUCACAACCACAACAUGGCAGCCCAGCAAGCAGCAGACGCGGUGAAGGAUGCCGUCAACACCGUGACCGAGAAGGUGUCGUCGCUCACGACGGGCGCUGGCAGCAACGACAAUGGCACGGACAAUGCCAACACCGGAGGCACCACACCGAACUUGGUCUUGGACGAGGUCACUGGCGAGAAGGUGUCCAAGUCGGAGUUGAAGAAGCGAAUCAAGGCGAGAGAGAAGGAGGCUAAGAAGGCUGCCGCACCGCCCAAGCAAGCGCCAGCGAGCAGCAAGAAGAAGGUCGGCGGUGCACAGGACGACGAGGCACAGCUCAACCCAAACCAGUACUUCGAGAUUCGAUCCCGUGCUGUUAAGCGUAUGAAGGAGACGAGCAGCCCCAACCCAUACCCGCACAAAUUCCACGUCACCUACGAUCUGCGCGACUUUGAGAAGGACUUCGGACACCUCAAGAAGGGCGAUGUGCUCAAGGAUAAGGCUAUUAGCGUGGGCGUGCGCAUUUACAAUAUUCGUACAUCUGGGGAGAACUUGCGUUUCUACGAGGUGGCUGUCAAUGGCGCCGAGAUUCAAAUCAUGGCUCAGAAUCUGGAGAGCACGAGCGCUACACCCUUCGCCGAGCAGCACGAUAUCCUGCGUCGUGGCGACAUUAUUGGUGUGACAGGAUACCCAGGGCGAACCAGCCCCAAGCGUGAGGACAACCCGGGCGAGCUCUCUAUCUUCGCUCAAGAGGUCACAUUGUUGGCACCGUGUCUGCACCAAAUUCCUUCUGAGCACUAUGGCUUCCGAGACCAGGAAUCGCGGUACCGCAACCGCCACCUUGACAUGAUCAUGAACAAGAGCACGGUUGACACAUUCAUCGCACGAUCCAAGAUUGUGCGAUAUGUGAGGAAUUACUUUGACAACAAUGGAUUCUAUGAGCUUGAAACUCCCAUCCUUCUCAAGUCUGCUGGUGGCGCCACAGCCAAGCCUUUCUUCACACAUCACAACGACCUGAACAUGACUCUCGCUUUGCGUAUUGCCACAGAACUGCCACUCAAGCAGCUCGUGAUAGGUGGUAUUCACAGAGUCUAUGAGCUCGGUCGCCAAUUCAGAAAUGAGGGCAUUGACCUGACUCACAACCCAGAGUUCACCACCUGUGAGUACUACGAAGCCUUCGCUGAUGUUUACGAUGUCAUGGAACGCACCGAGGAGCUGGUCGAAGGAAUGGUCAAGUUCGUAACAGGCGGACUUCAAACCAAGUUCACCACAGUCGACGGUGAGGUGUACGAUGUCAACUGGGCCAAGCCUUGGAAGCGGAUAGAGAUGAUUCCCGCACUUGAGGAGGCGUGCGGGGAGAAGUUCCCUCCAGGAGACCAAUUGCAUACAGCAGAGACCAACGAAUUCCUGCGACGCAUGCUCAAGAAGACUGGCCUCGAAUGCACGCCUCCAUUGACCAACGCGCGCAUGAUCGACAAGAUGGUGGGCGAAUUCAUCGAAGAGAAGUGCAUCAAUCCUACCUUCAUUACUGGGCAUCCACAAGUCAUGAGUCCUCUGGCCAAGUACCAUCGCGCGAAUGCCGGACUUUGCGAACGUUUCGAAGCAUUUGUCUGCAAGAAGGAAAUUGUGAAUGCAUACACCGAGUUGAACGACCCAUUCGAUCAGCGAUUGCGUUUCGAGGAGCAGGCCAACCAAAAGGCUCAAGGAGAUGAUGAGGCACAGCCACUGGAUGAAGGCUUCUUGAACGCACUCGAGUAUGGUUUGCCACCUACCGGUGGAUGGGGUAUGGGAAUUGAUCGUAUGGUCAUGUUCUUGACGAACAAUUACAGCAUCAAGGAGGUGCUCACCUUCCCAUUCAUGAAGGAUGAAAUUCAGGCUCCAAAGCCUAAGGCGGCUGAGGUGGUGGACGUCGAGCCUGUGCCAGUGGAAGGAAUCACGCACAAGUGAUCGAAUAGCCAUCUAUCGAAGAUGCGAGGUUCCCCUCAGCUUCUCAACUUCCCCUCUAUGCAACUGUGUAUUGGAUCGUCCAUUGGCAUAGAUGCAACCACUGCAGCACUGCCGUCAGAGUCGGGUAGCUUGUGUGGAAGGGGCAUGACGAUUGUGAUGAGGAAAAUGGUGCAACGUGGCUGAUACCCAAAGAAAACUGCUGGCGCUCCGACAAUUGCCACAACUUGGUGUAGUAGAAAAGUGCAUAUCUGCAGCACAUGCUCAGCCAAACGGCAUAGACGAGAAGAGACUAGAAUUACACUGUUGCUAUGCACCCUAUUACUCAUACAGAUGACACUUUGCUGAGAGACCCUUGAGCAGCUUUUGUCAGCGAGUCCGCAACAGCCAACGCUGUAGAAGCGAGGAAAU